AUGGAUAGCUUAACAGAGGGGGAUCCGAUAGUUAAAACCUUAGGUAUAUCUUGGGACUCCCAAUUAGAUUGUUUUGCAUAUGUAGUUAAACGAAUAGAAACGCCCCAAACAGUCACGAAACGAGUCAUUCUAUCCGAAAUCGCAAAGAUUUUCGAUCCCCUAGGGCUUUUAGGGCCAGUCGUAUUCGCAGCUAAGGUCAUCAUGCAGGAUUGUUGGAAGGCAAAGGUAGGGUGGGAUGAAUCAGUGCCACAAGAACUACACACCAGGUGGCGUUUAUUUGUAGAGCAACUAGAUCGAUUAGAAAAAGUAUCGUUUCCUAGACAUCUUAUUUUACCCGGCGCAUUAGCGAUUGAGGUGCACGGAUUUUGCGACGGAAGCAAGCAAGGAUAUGGGGCUUGCAUAUACUUAAGAUCAGUUGAUAAAACCAACCAGGUCCUGGUUCGCUUAGCGUGCGCCAAGUCUCGGGUAGCUCCAGUCAAGCAAACCACCAUUCCCCGGCUUGAAUUGUGUGGCGCUCUAAGGCUAGUGAGAUUGUUUAGGGAGUUUCGAGAAUCAUUUGAAGUUUCGUUUCACAAGGUCGUGUUUUGGUCCGAUUCAGAAAUUGUUUUGCAGUGGAUUAAAAAGCCUCCACAAGCCCUUAAGGUUUUUGAAGGGAAUCGUGUCGCAGAAAUCCAAGAGUUGUCGAGUAUCGUUGAAUGGCGUCAUGUCUCCAGCAAAAACAAUUUCGCUGAUGUUCUUUCUAGGGGUCAAGUUCCAGCCGAGUUCAUUCAGAAUGAUACAUGGAGUUCAGGGAUGAAAUGGCUGUACCAAUCAGAGGAAAAUUGGCCCAAAUCUGCGAGAGACCCCAACGUCGAACUUCCAAGAUUAAGGACUCCAACCUGUCUUGCACUCACUGCUAAUGAAGUUCUGCCUUCAAAGGUCCCUAGGCCCAACCCCUUGUCACAGGACCCAUUAGGUUACAGGCGCUUUUCAUCCUAUCAGUCGCUACUUAAUUCACUUGCGUAUUGUUUGCGUUGGCGUUUUUCAGCUGAUUGGAACCAUGAUUCACUCAGGGUGGCCGAGAGAUCCAGAGCAGAAUGGAGAUUAUUGAAAUCGAUCCAAUCUGAGCAGUUUGGAAGGGAAAUUAGGCAGAUCAAGAAAACUGGUUCUACAAAAAAUACGAAAUUAGCAGCGUUCAACCCCUUUAUCGGUCCCAACGGUUUACUUCGUGUAGGUGGCCGGCUUCGCAACGCGCAGAUUUCUGAUGAACAAAAAUAUCCAAUAUUGCUACCCUCUUAUCACCAUAUAACGGAUCUCAUUAUUCGCCAAACUCACCAGUCGUUAUUGCAUGCAGGAAUCCAGAGCACGUUGUAUAGAAUUCGUCAGAAAUUUUGGCUGUUAGAUGGAAAAAAUCAAGUUAGGAGAAUUGUGCGGCAUUGCGUCACAUGCGUAAAACAUCGUCCAGUAGCCUUUCAGGGAAAGAUGAGCGAUUUACCCCAGGCGCGCGUGCAACAAGCUUCGGUCUUCGAACACGUAGGAAUAGAUAAUUUUGGCCCUAUCAACAUCAAGGAAAAACAGUUUAGGAAUCGUGUUAUUCUUCAAGCUUAUGGUUGCGUUUUUAUUUGCAUGAACACAAAGGCAGUCCACAUCAGAUAG